CACCAGGAGACGGGGGCAGCUGCAGCCGCAGUCAAGCUCCGCCGGGCCCGCCCCCUCACUCUGUCAGCAACCUGGGAGUGGCCCGCACCACGACCAGUCCUCUCAUUGUGCCGCCGCACCGGGGAGUGCGCUGAUGCUCUGACCCCCCCAACCGCACCAACCGCUCACCGCCGGCACCGCCAGCAGCGGAGGUCGAAGGGCGGGCGCCAGGGCUACACUGGCGGCAUCUGGAAUGAGGCACCGGGCUGGGGCUCAGGCGGGUCGGUGGCCGGGACCGGCGUCCAUUCACCCACAACUCCGGCCCCUCCGCCGACACCCCCACCGCAAGUCCAGCUGUCGGAGCUCCCACCAUGCCCUGCAGCUGCUCCGACAGCCAUCCAGGACCCCGGAGCAGCGCCUCCUCCUGCACCCGGGCCAGCAGAUCAUCAAUGGACGCCAUAAAAGAAAGUUAUAGAGAGGACACCCUACAAAUGCCUCCAGCUGACUAGCCUGUCCUGCUGAUUUCGGCGAAUAACUUAAAAAGUUUGGACACUUUUCUUGGCUGGACCUUGAAACCACAGAAGAAUGGCCUCCAUAAUAUCUGAAAACUUAAAGUUUUUUUCUCUGUUCUUCAAGAGCAGAGAUGUGAUGAUAUUCAACGGACUGGUAGCAUUGGGAACGGUUGGCAGCCAGGAGUUGUUCUCCGUAGUGGCGUUCCACUGCCCUUGUUCUCCAGAGAGGAACUAUAUGUACGGACUGGCAGCUAUCGGAGUGCCUGCCCUUGCCUUGUUUCUCAUUGGCAUCAUAUUAAAUAACCACACUUGGAAUCUAGUAGCAGAAUGUCGUAAGAGGGCAGUAAAGAACUGUUCGAUCCCUGCUACCUUCUUAUUAUUUGGAUCCAUAGCAGGGAGGGCGGCUGUAGCCCCUGUGACCUGGUCUGUUAUUUCACUGCUCCGGGGAGAUGCCUAUGUGUGCGCCCUGAGUGAGUUCUUGAAACCCGACAAAUUUCAUGAAUUCCCUCUGGGCAAGGGACGAGAAGACAUGGCUAAAUUUCCCUGUAAAGACACACCAACUGAGCUUUUGGUCUAUAAAGAUGAAGUUAUACGGAGACUACAGUAUGAGUCACAGUUUCUCGGCUGGAUUAUGAUUGGUGUCGUUGCUUCAACUAUAUUCCUUCUAAAGUGCUUGCACCAUUGCUGUUCUCCUUUGAGUUACCACCAGGAAGCAUACUGGAGCCAAUACCGUGUCAAUGAGAAGGAUCUCUUCAACCGCACCGCCGAAGUCCAUGCAAAGGUCCUAGCGGCCAGUAAUGUCAAGCAGUUCUUUGGUUUUGUGGAUUUGACUAAAGAAGAACAGGAAAUGGUCACAGCAUAUCCAGUGGAUGAAGCCCAGCCAAGUCCUCAGUGGAAUGAAAUAACAGGGCUAUAUCUGUAUCGGGAAAAUAAAGGCUUCCCCCUGUACAGUCGUCUCCACAAAUGGGCUAAAAAGGUCAUUGGAAAUGGCACAGAUGCUGGAGACAGAGAAAUGGCACUGCUGGCGGUGUGAAAUAGUGAUCAUAUAUCAUGGAUUAAAAGGGGAGUCCAAUGACCCAUGACUGGCUUAGUAAUUAAAUUGAGACAUUAGAAAGUCUAUACAGAAUUACUAUUAGUUGGAACUAAAAGGUACUAAAACUAAAAUAACUAGCACCUUCUUAAAAAUCAAACUACAGAAGGUCCAUACAAAGUCCUAUCUUUUUUUUUUUUUUAUUGUGUCCAAUACUUUGCCUUUCCCAAAUAUCAUAUCUUGCACAGGGAUUCAGUUUUACGCACAAGGUAGUAUAUGUUACCACUGACCAUGAUUCAGGGAAGAUAUCAGAUGGAAUUUGUUAUAGAUAAAGUGUCUGUCUCUGUUAAAAAACCCAAAUAGACAUGUUGGCCGUGUUAGGUGGUUGAAUUUGGGAGCUGAUCAGCCACUACGUAGGGCUCUCUAUUUAAAGGACUUUUAGAAAGCAAUGAACAAUGAUUAUUAUUAUAUAUAUUUUUUUCAAAUCAACUGGUGCCAGAAAGUUAAACAGAUUUGCAAAUUGCUUCUAUUAAAAAAUCUUACGUCUUCCAGUACUUAUCAGCUGUUGUAUACUACAGAGGAAGUUGUG